AUGGCUGAGAAUAAGUCCUGCCUCUUUUGGGAUCAUGAUGACAUUUCUGAUUGUGCCAGACAAAAAUACAUUGAGUUUUGGAUUCCUCUGUUUAUCUUAUUGAUAGGUUUGAUAUACAGUUUUUGCAAAGUCUUUCAUGCUUUCCAUUUAAAGGAAAAAAAUUACAAAGAGGAAAGCGCUAUUGAAUAUCAGAGCGAAUCCCCAGAGUUUGAAGACGACAGUAAUAAAAAUCAUAAAUAUGCAAGAUUUUCAGUUGCAAGGCUACAUUUAGCAUGGAGAAACUGUAACUUUCGUAGUAUUAAGAACGAUAGAUCUAGCUUUGAUAAAUUUAAAAUUGUUAUCGAAGCACUUCUUAUCAUUUGGCAGUUUGCCCUCCAAUUAUAUGUCCUAUUGAAUAUAGCAGUGAAUCAUAAAGAAUUUUCUCGGCAAAGUUCGUUGGUAAAGCUAUCUCUUUGGGGUUUCCUCCUUGUUGUCAUUUUACUUCGUUUGUUUGCAGUUAGCCAGUCUUUGCGAUGGAUUGCGGCGUGUCAGCGCAAUCUAUGGACAAUUUCAUUUCUUUCCUAUGCGUCCUUAUUUGCUCUGUCACUUCCUUCUCUCCGUUCUGUUCUAAUUGGACAUAUAAUAGAUCCAACUCUGAUGAAUUACACCAUCACAGAGUUUUCUAUCAAUUUGAUUCUCUUCCUGCUGCUAUUUACGACAAAUAUCGAAGGAGCCAACUACUUUUAUUUGGCCGAAGAUGAGAAUACGUCAUUGCCACCAAAUCCCACCGUAUAUGGCCUUCUUACAUUUGCCAGAGUAAAUUUGCUUAUAUGGAAGGCAUGCAAACGUUACCUCGAAAGCACUGAUGUUUGGGAUUUAGAUAUGAAUAAUAAGUCUGUGGCAAUUUUGACGAAUUUUGAAAAAUCUGCUAAACAUAAAAGACUUAUUUCAAAUAUCAUGUCUUAUUUUAAUGCUGUUUUUCUUUCCCAAUUAUUGUUAGCAAUAGUAACAAGUGUCCUAAACUUUGUUCCUGCAUUGCUAAUGCCAAGAAUACUAGGUUAUGUCGAUGACCCAGAAUCCCAGUCGUGGAAUUUGAUGUCUUUAUUUGUCACACUUAUGUUAAUCAGUAAAAUCAUCGCUACAACUUGCAGGGGCCAGGGGUUAUUCUUGGGUGAAAAAGGCACAAUGCAACUAAGAACGAUAUUGAUAUCUCGUAUAUAUUCUAAAACCCUAAGAAGAACGAUUCUUAAGGGUUCGAAAACCUCACAACAGGAAAAUGCUACAAAACUGAAUAUAUUAGCAUCUGACGAGGACCAUGAAUAUUCAGAAACGGAUGUCAACGAAGCGGCUAGUCGAAAGGACAAUUCUGUUAAUAAUAUAAUGUCAGUGGAUGCUUUCAAGGUUUCUGAAGCUAUGAGUACCUUUUAUCUGGCCUGUGAAGCAGUUUUCAUGACAAUUACGGCACUGGUGACGCUAUAUUCUCUCUUGGGAUGGUCAGCUUUUGCUGGUACGUUUGCUCUCAUUGCCAUGAUUCCUUUGAAUUUUUGGUGUGCUACCUUCUACGGGAAAUACCAGGCCGAUCAAUUGUUAUUAACUGAUAAGCGUACCUCUGAUAUUAGUGAAGCAUUAAACUCUAUUCGCGUAAUAAAAGUUCUUGCUUGGGAAAAACUAUUCUACCAGAAGAUCAUGAACAUAAGGGAGGGGGAAAUUAGGAUUCUUAGAAAAAAAGCAACGAUUUUCUUCUUGAAUCACCUUAUUUGGUUUUUUGGGCCGACUUUGGUCUCUGUCGUUACAUUUGCAGUGUUCAUCAAGUUCCAAAAACAGACCCUUACACCAUCAGUGGCCUUUACAGCUCUUUCUUUAUUUGCGAUACUAAGGACACCUAUGGAUCAAAUUGCAUCCACGAUAAGUCUUUUGGUACAAUCUUUUAUCUCACUUAAAAGAAUAGAAGAUUACCUUGAUGAAUCAGAAACAAGCAAGUAUGAAAUCUUGACACAGAGUAAAUCUAAAGUGGGCUUCAAAGAUGCUAAUAUGGAAUGGGAUGCUGAUGAAACAAGCUUCAAACUGAAAAAUAUUUCCAUAGAAUUCAAACUCAAUAGUCUCAACGCAAUAAUAGGUCCUACGGGUUCUGGAAAGUCUUCACUUUUGCUGGGGUUGUUGGGGGAAUUAAAUCUUUGCUCUGGACAAAUAUAUGUACCCUCAGUCGACUCUCGUGAUGACCUGGAAGUGGGCAUAGAUGGAAUGACAAAUUCAAUGGCUUACUGUUCUCAAAGCCCGUGGUUGAUUAGUGGAACAAUUGAAGAUAACAUUGUUUUUGGGGAACGGCCUAACCAACGAAGAUUCAACGCCGUCAUAAAGGCCUGUUGUCUCGAAAAAGAUGUGAAAGCAAUGUCAGCUGGUUUGAAAACAAGUGUCGGUGGGGGAGGGUUCUCGUUAUCGGGUGGACAGCAACAGAGAGUUGCUUUAGCUAGAGCAAUUUACUCUUCUUCCAGAUUUCUGCUUCUUGAUGAUUGUUUGAGUGCUGUAGACCCUGAAACUGCACUCAAUAUAUAUGAAAAAUGCUUAUGCGGUCCCAUUAUGAAAGGAAGAACCUGUAUUAUCACAAGUCAUAACAUCUCUUUGAUUACCAAAAAGGCUGAAUGGCUCGUAAUUUUAGACAAUGGCGAAGUCAAGGGCCAGGGCAAACCGUCUGAUCUCGCAGAAUCUAAUAAUUUUUUGAAGGAAAGUAUGAACAAUGGUUUAGCAGAUGAAAGCGGCAAUCAGGCCAAACCGAAAUCAAAAACUGCCGCAACAUUACAUGAUACAGAUAAUGCAGACGUUCAAGAGGAAAUUUCGCAAGUUGAAGAUGCGGUAGAGCCAGCCCAAAUCGAGAGCUAUGAAGAAAAAAAAAUGGGAGGUUCAGUCAAGUUUUCAGCCUAUAAAUGGCUAGCGGGUUAUUUUGGAGGUAUGGGGUUGAUUUUUGCUUUUACCUUGUCUUCUGUUUUUAUCCAGGGAAUUACGCUUUCCCAGGGCUUUUGGCUCAGAUAUUGGCUCGAGAACGGAUCUUCCGUAUCCGUGUUCAAAAGGUUUUAUGGCAUACUUCAAACGCAUUCUACUCUCUAUUUCUUACUGUUUUAUGCUAUCAUUGGUCUCAUUUCUUCAUUUUUAACUGCAGGUAAAGUUUGGGUAGCAAUGCUUUCCGGUACUAAUGCUACUAAGAAAAUAUUCUCAAAACUACUCUCUAGUAUCUUUGAAGCCAAAUUACGCUUUCAUGAUAUCACGCCAGUCGGAAGAAUAAUGAACAGAUUUAGCAAAGAUAUGGAUAUCAUUGAUCAACAAUUGAUUCCUAACUUCGAAGGUCUUUUUUACAGCGUGGUUGUUUGCCUUUGGAUAGUAAUUUUGAUCGGGUACGUGACUCCCCGGUUUUUGAUAUUUGCUAUUCCUCUUUGUGGCCUUUACUAUUUUGUAGGAGCAUUAUAUCUCCGUGCUUCGAGAGAGCUGAAGAGAAUAGACAACAUCAACGUCUCUCCAAUACAUCAACUAUUCACCGAAGCUAUUAAAGGAGUAGUAACAAUUAGGGCAUUGGCAGAUGAACGUAGGUUUAUCACCCAUACACUCGAGGCAAUUGAUGGAAGCAAUGCUCCGUUUUUCUAUCUUAGUGUGGCCACUGAAUGGAUUACAUACAGAGUGGAUAUAAUUGGAGCACUCGUGCUUUUUAGUUCCUCUCUAAUGAUUAUAGCGAGAGCUCCAUAUCUGGAUGCAGGGCUAGCAGGGAUAUUGCUAUCAAAUGCCUUUUCUUUUACCGAAACUGCCCAAUGGAUUAUUAAGGUAUUUUCUGGCGUUGAGCUUCUGAUGAGCUCAGUCGAAAGAAUAAAGGAAUAUAUCGAAGUGCCUCUCGAGUUUUCUAAAUCAAACGAUUCUGCUACAUCGCCAGUUGACUGGCCUCAAACUGGAGAAAUAGAGUUCAAAAAUUUGUCGUUGCGAUAUUCGCCUCAUUCCUCUAAGGCCCUGGACAAUGUAUCGUUCAAGGUAAGAACAGGAACAAAAGUCGGGAUUGUUGGCAGGACAGGGGCCGGGAAAUCUUCAAUUAUAGCAGCCAUUUACCGACUUUCAGAUUGGGAGAGUGGAACUAUCAUUAUUGACAACAAAGAUAUAAAAUGCGUGUCUUUAGAAUGUCUGAGAAAUUCCAUAAGUUGCAUCCCUCAAAACCCUACUUUAUUCGAUGGGACUAUUCGAUCUAAUCUUGAUCCUUAUAAUCAAUACUCGGAUAAACAAGUUUUUGAUGCACUGGCCAAAGUCGGUUUGAUUGAGAGGAAUGAGGUGUUAUGCUUGGUUACAGACCGGCAACAAUCCAGUUCUUUCAGCCCUAACAAAUUUAGUGAUUUAAAUUCUGUUGUCAGGUCAGGUGGCUCGAAUCUAUCUCAAGGGCAAAGACAACUUUUGUGCCUAGCUCGUUCUAUGCUUGGUUCACGUAAGAUAAUGUUAAUUGAUGAGGCAACUGCUUCGAUAGAUUAUAUUUCCGAUGCUAAAAUUCAGAAAACAAUAAGAGAGACGAUGGAAAAUACAACCAUUUUAACUAUAGCUCACCGUCUAAGAUCGGUGAUUGAUUAUAACAAAAUUUUAGUAAUGGAUAUGGGUAGAGUAAAAGAAUACGACCAUCCAUAUAAUUUGAUAUCUGACAAGAAUACUAUUUUCCAUCAUCUUUGUGAACAAAGUGGCGACUUUGAAAAGCUUUUCGACUUGGCAAAAGCUUCGUUUGAUAGGGAAAAACAAACUACGUAUUAG